CCCUCAUCAAUUUACAAUUUUCUGGGCGUGAUUGAUCAGGACCGCCGAAAAUCAAUGGAAGCAUUCUAUCGGGAUUUUUUUUUAUCUCACAAUUAUAAACCUGUAUACGAAGUUAAAGGUAGCUCAGUGUUAUUGAACAGUGAGUGGGAAUUGUUCAUUCGCCAGUGACUGACAGGGUCUGUUGUUUGCGUACAGCAAAGACGCCAUUGAACCGUGCUGUAUAUUAUUUCUACAUAGAAACUGGGAAGGUGUUUAUACUAGACGUCUGACAUUUAAAUUUAAAGUGUAAUUGGAAAGAUAUCUAGGGCCAUAACCGCCAUUAGUAUUUUCACGUAAUAUUACUUGUCAAGGAUAUUUGUGUGACAUCACAGGGCAUUAAUUCUAUGUACUUGAUGUCUCUGAAUUCAUGGACUUAAAAUUUCUAAUGAAACAUUUGUGUGAAGGUUUUCAAGAAAUGUGAGAGAAUUUUACAAACAUUUUCAUUAAGAGGAAACAGUGUCCUGUGAUUAUCGGAUAUUAUCAAGACGUCAACAAUUGAGUGAUUUAAAUUUCCUCAAAUGUUAGCUGGAAGAUGGUGUUUAUUGUCCUUUAAGUGACUCAUAUGCUUUUAAAGAUUUUAAAUUAAGAUUUUGCUGGAGGGUAUAAUCUUUGGUAACUUUUAUUUAACAAUUUUUAUACAGAAAUUCAGCGAGGAAAACAUUACUUCCAUAUAUGGUUAUGACUAAUCAACAUCUUCACAGACAAUUAGCUCGCUCAGCAUGAUUUUUAGGAAUCACUUCCCCUGUGUGUGGUAGGAUCAGACUCAUCAAUGGAUAUUAUUUUAUCUUAAUGCUAUUAACUCAAGGACGUUUGAGGUACCAUUCUCGACUACCUGUACUGACGAAGUGAAUAACGAUUUUGGAGAUUUAUUCAGGGAUUCACGGCUAGGAUACCAGUAAAUCAAUGAUUCUAAUGUCUUUUUUAUCCUACGUCUUCAAUAAUAUUAUCCUCUGAAUUAGAUGUACCGUUGUCAUAGCAGCAGGUCAACAUCCUUACAUAAUGGUAUCACCAUAUGAGUAUUGAAGUAUCAGAAUUCACCGUGAUGAAGUAAUCUUCAAAUAGCAAAACUUUACACAGCGAGAUAUUUUUUUUCGUCGUUAUCACAGAUCACUCAGAUAGAUUGUGGCUUUGUUCUAGACCUAUUUCAGACUUUGAUUAUUAAUAUUUGGAUAAAAGAUUACAGAUUAAGAUGAAUAAAUUACGUCGUAAUGGAGAAUGUUUUCACGUGCCAUUAUGGGAUCUAGAGGACAGAUAUGGCUACCUGUUACCAUGGUUCCUCAAGCUAAUCGGCUAUACACCCGAGACAUUACUGCCAGAACUCUCCAUAACUCCGGACAUUUCCAUUAUAUGUGAGAAAUGCAAGGAACACAUUGACCUACCCUCUCUGAGGGAUCAUAGGAUCUACCACGAGAACCUGUCAAUCCUUAAAUACAAUGGCAGUGCCAAGCCGACGACCACUGAUGCCUUGCUGCGACGUAGAAACGCAAUUUUACGAAAACUAAAAUCAUCAGCAACUGCAGAUAAGCCGCUGGAGCCAAAAUCUAUACAAAGAGUAAAUGAUGCUUAUGAAUAUCUUAAGUCAGAAAUUGACGGAACUUUUGGAGAAUUUCGACACAUCGAUGAAGACGUGAGUACGGGGGUUAAGGGUGUGGCCUUAAAUUGUAGUCCUGGUUGCGUGACAUCCGUUGGCAUCUGCUCCACUAGAAAUGAACGAUGGAAGAGCUACAUGGAGGAUGCACAUGUGUAUCAAGACUUUUUCGGAGAGGAUCGUAACAAAUGUUAUCUGGCGUUAUUUGACGGCCACCAUGGGCGCUUUGCGGCAGAAAUCGCAGCUGCGGAACUCCACCAUCUUCUGCUGUACGAAAUGGCAAAGUUUGACCCUAGGACAAAGUGUUUGCCGCAUAAUAUUGGCGAAAACCAAGAAAUGUUUCAGUAUCAGUUUGAACGUCCGAGCACAAAGGAGAGUGAGCGAGGCAUUCUUCACGAUGAAAGUGUCAAUAUCGUACAACAAAUCAUCAAAUUGUGCGAGGACAAAUAUGAUGAAAUAAUCAAAGAAAAGGCAUUGUCAUUAGAUGUAAAGGAGAAAGCACACAGCGAGGAAACUCCGAAGUCAGAUGAUGAAAAGAAUUCAGACAAAAACAUCACUGAAAAAACACCGCGUAAGAAAAAGAAAGAAAAGUCUGUAUUUACAAUAAAAAUGGAGAAUGCCCUAAAGAAAUCCUACUAUCUUAUAGAUAUCUUGUUGUCCUAUGGGAAAGAUGAAUGUUCCCGCGUGCGCUGGAGUGGAAGUUCCGCAGUGACUCUAGUCAUCCACAAUACUGACAAUUCCAACAUCAUCGACCGACCCAUCUCAACAGUACCGGAGGUGGAAGAGGAGGUAAACAGUGAAGACAGAGCAGAGGAAACGGAAAAAGAGGACCCCAAGGAGGAGAGUGGAGGAUUGGAACCACCCAGGGAACUUGGGAUGAUCUACCUGGCUAAUGCAGGAAAUGUGCGAGCAGUGUUGGUGAGAGGAAACAAACCCUACACCCUCACAAAGGACCACUCACCUAACAACCCAAAGGAGAAUGAGCGUAUCCUCAAAGCGGGGGGAGACAUAAGUGAGAGCACCAAGGAAAUGAGGGUCAAUGGAGUGCUGGCUGCCACUAGGGGGUUCGGUAACCAUGGAGACGUCAAACUGAAGCGGUGUGUGUUGGUGGAUCCACACACGAUUACAGUUCCCGUGGAUCAGUACGCUCAGUUCCUCAUCCUGGCCUCGCACGGCGUGUGGGAGGUGUUUACGGAACAGGAGGCCGCCUCGCUACUCUUAAAGUUGUUGCCUAGCAACUUUAUCCCAGCCCCGAGCACGGCCAGUUCUACCAUCAAACAGUUGUUGAAGCCCAGCGCAUCUUCAAUUCAAGGAGGGACAGAUCCUGGUCAGAGGCAGGUCUCCUUCUCGCAGAUAGACAGACAUUCCACCCCUUCCCAGGGGUCAAAAGAGGAGGAACUGGAGCUGGAACCCCAAGUUGAAAUGGAGGUCAAGGUCGAACCCCAGACCCCAUUUGAGGAUGAACCACAAAUUAUAGCUCCAAAACGAGAAAAAUUGAAAAGUGCUGGAUCCAUUAUUUCAGAAAAAUCAGAAAACUCAGGCAAGACACAAAAAUCGGAGAAAAAAUCUGAAAGGUCUUCAAGAUCCAUGUCUGCAAAAUCUGUGAGGUCUGUGAAAUCUGAUAAAAAUGGGAAGAGUAGGCUGGUCUAUUAUGACGACGACAUGUUGCCAGAGAUCGGAAGUCAUGUGAGGCAUUCAGACGAUGAGGAUUCUGGAAAUGACGCAGAUAUUGAAACUGUCACAGACAUUUUAUCUAUCCCAGCAUUCUCCAGAUUGUCAAGUUAUGGUCGAACCAUGAGCAGGGAACACAUUCAAAGGGAAUUUGCCAAAACAAUGGCAGAACAUUUGAUACAGGCAGCUCUGCUGGCUGGGGCCAAAGACAAUAUCACUGUCACAGUUGUGUUGCUGGCAGGAUGUGGAUUGUAAAGGGACAUAACUCUGAU